AUGGAAGGCGAAGUGACGUACAAGCGGAAGAGACCUUACCAAAAUGAGCUAUCCGAGAAAAACAGUCUGAACAAGAAAAUCGUAUUUUUUCAUAUGGUCUACCUGACGUUUCUCUUUAUGGCAUGCUUUGUAGGAGGAGUGCUUCUAGGCUUCUGGACCACUUCAUACACUCCCGAGAUAAAAAUAAUUGAAGACCAUAUGAACACGUUUCAAUUUCGGUACAUAAAUAAUAAAAUAAUAAUUGGAGGAAAAUUAAACAUAAAAAUAAGCGUUACUAAUAAUACGACACUGUCUUAUAGCCUUUCUGCGGAGAGUGUAAAAUACUUUUACUAUCCGGUGGGAGCGAAUCACAGCUGUCUCUUAUACAACGGAGGCCUGGGGGAAAGCUCAGCUAAUCAGACACCCCUCUCACGGAAGAGUGAAAUAAGCGUGCCGCGGAACAAGGACGAAAAAACCUUCCCCACGAAGUUAUCCGUCAAAGUAAAAUAUUCGAUACUCACCCCCUCUAUCGUUAUCCACACUGUGCCUUUACACCUGGGUUACGAACUGUCAAAAGAGCAUAAACAAGAAGUACAGCCAUUAUAUAACGACUGCAAGAGGUUCAAUAGGCUGUACUUUUCUAUUAGACUUGAUGAUCUAUACAUAUCGAACGAGUUUAGGAAGGUAUAUAACGAGAAAAAGUAUGAAUUAAUAUUUUCCUGUAAAUGUUCCAUUGAUGCAAAUGUGGAUGCCUUCUUCAAUUCUACGCCUCUUUACAAGGUUGCCAUUUUGGGCAACUUAGCAAAUGAACCUAGUUUACUGGGAUAA